AUGUCCCACCGUGACUUGACCAAUAACGGCUACCCAGACAGCCCUCGUAACCCGUUUGACGAUGGCUCUGGUCUGUACGAUCUGAGCCAUUUUGACGAGGCGGCUUCUGACGAGUUGCUCAACCUGGGACCUUCCUCCAACUCGCCCGAUGCUGAGUUUGCCAACAGAGCUAGCUAUAACGGCUACUACUCCAACUACGACGAUCGCUCCAGAAGACACAUGUCUCUGCCUUCUCAGCAGGGCGGCGGCAACUUGGUGGCUCCUACUGAGUUCAACAGGUACCCUAGUCUUGCCAAUUCCAGAGAACACUCGCUGACCUCCCUUCUGUCCCAGUUCAAGCGUUCCCACUCCCAAUACAUGCAGUUGACCCAGAACGGCCUGGAAACGGCUUCUUCCAAUGGUGAAAACGUCCUGGACCCGUUCUUGGCCAAGGUGGACCUCUCGCCGUUUGGCGGCUACCCUGCCCACCAGUUCCCACUUCACAUUGACGAAAAGGAGCCCGAUGACUACUUGCACAACCCAGAUCCAAUCGCUGAUGCUGCUUACGACAAAAAUAGGUUCUGGCAUGAUCUUAAACACAUGGAUAGACGUGUGGGUUGGGGUCUUGUUGGUUUCAUUCUCCUCUUGUUGGGUGCCCUCGCCGUGUUUAUCAUCUUGCCCGUGGUGUCCUUCUCUGGUGUUGCCAACCAGGCCAGACCAGAAUCUUAUGAGAUUUUGACUCCUUACAGAUACCCUCUUUCCAGUGCUAUCCGUACGAGUUUGAUCGACCCUGAUACUCCUGAAGAAGAAUACAAGCGUGUGAGCUCUAACGGUGAAGAGUGGGAUUUGACUUUCUCUGAUGAAUUCAACGCUGAGGGCAGAACUUUCUACGAUGGUGACGACCAGUUCUUCCAGGGUGUCGACAUUCACUACCAAGCUACUCAGGAUUUGGAAUGGUACGACCCAGAUGCUGCUACCACCGCCAAUGGUACUCUUCACAUCACUUUGGAUGCUUACAAGAACCACAACUUGUUCUACCGUUCCGCUAUGGUUCAGUCUUGGAACAAGCUUUGUUUCUCUCAGGGUCUUAUUGUCACUUCUGUCAACUUGCCUAACUAUGGUCACAAGAUGGGUCUCUGGCCAGGUCUUUGGACUUUGGGUAACUUGGCCCGUCCUGGUUACUUGGCUUCCACUGAAGGUGUUUGGCCAUAUACUUAUGACUCCUGUGACGCUGGUAUCACUGCUAACCAGUCUUCUCCAGAUGGUAUUUCAUACUUGCCUGGCCAGAGAUUGAACGCGUGUACAUGUUCCGGAGAGGACCACCCUAACGCCGGCACGGGUAGAGGUGCUCCAGAAAUCGAUAUCAUUGAAGGUUCUAUUGAUGACACGCUUAAGACCGGUGUGGUGUCCAUGUCUUACCAGAUUGCUCCAUACGAUGUUUGGUACUACCCUGACUACAGUUUCGUUGAGAUUCACAACAACGAGGUUUGUGCCAUGAACACAUACACUGGUGGUCCAUUCCAGCAGGCCGUUUCUGGUCUUGUCACCUUGAACACCACCUGGUACGAGCGUGGUGAAGGUGCCGGUAAGUUCCAAGAAUACGGCUACGAGUACAUGAACGAUGAUGACGAAGGUUACAUUACUUGGUACGUCGGUAAGGGUAAAGAGGGUGCUGCUUUUACUUUGAAUGCUUAUGCUUUGAGUCCUAACGGUAACAUUGGUUGGAGAAGAAUUUCUAAGGAGCCAAUGUCUAUCAUUAUUAACUUGGGUAUCUCCAACUCUUGGGCUUACAUUGACUGGCCUUCUAUCAUUUUCCCAUCGCAUAUGAGAGUUGACUACGUCAGAAUCUACCAGCCUCCAAAUGCUAUCAGUAUGACUUGUGACCCUGAUGAUCAUCCAACUUCCGACUACAUUGAGAACCAUAUUGCUGCUUACAUGAACAACAAUCAUAGUUCUUGGGAGAUGGCUGGAUUCAAGUUCCCUAAGAACAAGUUGACUGGAUGUUAA